CGUUCAAUAGACCGAAAAUGCCUUUCUCUGCUUGAGGGUACCCGCACAAAAGAAUCUCUCUUCCAAAUCCACGCUUUUAUGCUUCGUAACGCCAUCGAAACAAAUGUUAAAAUUUUCGCUAAAUUCGUCGUAACCUGUGCUCCACUCGCUGGUAUCCUUUACGCACGGCGCAUGUUCGAUCAUAGGCUUCAUAGAGACGACACUUUCCUUUGUAAUUCUAUGAUCAAAGCGCAUGUGAAUAUGCGCCAAUUAGCUGAAUCUUUCACUCUUUAUGAACAACUUAGGAGAUACACGCAUUUUAUUCCCGAUAAUUUUACGUUUAUUGCGUUGGCGAAGUGUUGUAGUUUCAGAAUGGUGAUUUGGGAAGGUUUGCAAUUGCACAGUCAUAUUGUAAAAAUAGGAUUUUUCUUAGAUUUGUAUGUGUCAACUGCAUUGGUCGAUAUGUACACGAAAUACGGGAAAAUGGGUUGGGCCAAAAAAGUAUUUGAUGAAAUGACUGAUAGAAGUGUAGUGUCAUGGACAGCUCUCAUUUCUGGGUAUGCGAGGUCUGGUGAUAUGGCUCAUGCGAAGAAACUUUUUGAUGAGAUGUCAGAGACUGAGAGAGGAGACUCUGCUGUGUAUAAUGCAAUGAUUGAUGGUUAUGUUAAAUUAGGAGAUAUGGUUUCGGCUCGAAGUUUGUUUGAUGAGAUGCCAGAUAGGAAUGUGAUUUCUUGGACUAGUAUGAUUUAUGGAUUUUGCACAAAUGGUGAUGUUAUAGCUGCUAGGUCAUUUUUUGAUAACAUGCCAGAGAAGAACCUGAUUUCUUGGAAUGUGAUGAUUGGUGGAUAUUACCAGAAUAAACAACCCCAUGAAGCGUUGAAGUUGUUCCAUGAACUGCAAGCAAGUAGACUAUUUGAACCUAAUGAGGUAACCAUUGUAAGCAUUCUUCCAGCUAUUGCUGACUUGGGUGCUUUGGAUUUGGGCGGUUGGGUUCACCAGUUUGUUCAGAGGAGGAAACUUGACAGAGCAACCAAUGUGUGUACUGCACUUGUUGAUAUGUAUGCAAAGUGUGGUGAAAUCACGAAAGCAAGAAGAGUUUUUUAUGAAAUGCCCGAAAAAGAUAUAUCUUCUUGGAAUGCUUUGAUAAACGGAUAUGCUGUCAAUGGACGUGCCAAGGAAGCAUUGGAGGUUUUCUUGGAGAUGAUGCAGGAAGCAAUCAAGCCAAAUGAUAUAACCAUGAUUGGUGUUUUGUCUGCAUGUAACCAUGGUGGUUUGGUGGAGGAAGGGAAGAGGUGGUUUAAAGCAAUGGAGGAGUUUGGGCUUACCCCAAAAAUUGCUCAUUAUGGUUGUAUGGUAGAUCUAUUAGGGAGGGCAGGAUGCCUGGAGGAAGCUGAAAAGUUGAUCCAUAGUAUGCCUUAUGAGGCUAAUGGGAUAAUUCUUAGUUCUUUUCUAUGUGCUUGUGGGAACUCAAAGGAUGUUACAAGGGCUGAGAGAGUGUUGAACAAGGCUAUUGAUAUGGGGCCAUGGAAUGAUGGGAACUAUAUCAUAUUGAGAAAUUUGUAUGCCACAGAGGAAAGAUGGAGAGAUGCAGAGGAAAUUAAGGGUCUGAUGAGGAGCAAUGGGGUAAAAAAAGAAGUAGGCUGUAGUGUUAUUGAGGUUGAUCGUAGGGUUCAAGAGUUUCAAUGUGGAGAUAGAAUUCAUCCACAAUGGGAAGUGAUGGAGUCGAUCUCAAGGCAAUUCUGGACACACAUGAAGGGAUAG